AUGGUAGAAAAAAAAUAUUACAAAAUCUUAGAAAUAAAUGAGGGCGCAACCCAAGAAGAAAUAAAAAAAAAUUAUCGGAGAUUAGCUUUAAUAUGGCAUCCGGAUAAAAAUCCUAACAACAUAGAAGAAGCUGAAAAGAAAAUCAAAGAAAUCAAUUUUGCUUAUGAGGUUUUGAGUAACAAAAAUGGGUCAGUUGAAAAAUAUGGCUGUGAUUAUGGUGAAGAAAUUUCAGACGGAAAAUCAGCGGUGAAAAAGUAUUCAAAUGAAAAAAUGAACUGGAUUUUUACUGAACUUCGCAACUUCAAAAUGAAUUAUGAAACAAACGCAAGAAUCGCAGGGGAAAAUGGAGAAGAACCGCCAAUAAUAAGUGAUUAUCACUUAAUAAGAGGAAAAAGAUUAUUACAAAUACUUUAUUCAUAUUAUUUCCCAAUAUAUAAAAAAAUGGGCUGGGUCAAUUUUCAUCAAAAAUAUGUUUCCGUUUUUGAGGAUAAUGGUCUUGAGAAACUUAAUUUUGCCCGUGGCAAGAUGGGAUUAAAUGAACUUACUGAUAAAGAAUUAGGACUUGUAGAAGGAAAAAACCAAAAUGAAAGUCCAAAAAUUCCAGGUAAUAAAGAGCCUGACAAGAUAGAUGGAAAUCAAGAAAAACCAAAAAUUAAAGAUGGUAUUGCUAAUAUUGAGGAGUACAACAAUUUAUACUAUUCUGGAAAUCACGAAACCAUUCGUAAAUAUUGA